GGAAAAAAAGCCCAAAGAAAUCAAAACGAAGGGGAAGGCACUCCAGUCAGGAAUAAAGCAGCCUCCCAUCCCGACCGACUCCGAAUUGCUCCCCGGCCCGCAAAUGCAUGCUUUCACUUUUGAGUUUAUUUUUGCAGCGAGCCACGUGAAAGGGGAACCGGGAAAGAGCCUCCUUCUCAAUCUCUGGGUGUGAGCGACGGCGCGGGGCGGCCAAUCAGCGAGCGCGGCCCGGGCCGAAAGAGGCGGGCUCAGAACAACCUGGGCAUUCCAGCGAGGCGGCGAAGUUGCGGCCGGCAGAGACGGCGGUGGGAGGGGGAGACGAUUAGGAGAACGGCGGCCGGCGCCAGGCUGCUCCAGGAGGGUGGGGGGGGAUCCGGCGCGCCUCGGAAGAGCCCCCGACACCAGGCGGCCGCGGGAGAGGGAGGUUGUCGGUUCGAAUCCCGCAUGGGGAAGAGUCGGGUUGGGAAGAGGGGUUCGGUUAAAAGUUUCGGGGCACCGAGGCGAGUCCAGAGCUUGGCAGUCAGUCCCCCUUCGCUCUUCAGCUGCCAAGAGGGGAUCUGAGCACCCAAGGACAUUGAAAGCUGCCUUGAGUAGGGUGGAAGGGUUGAAGGGUGCUAAAACCAGGUGAGGGUAGAGGAACCCCAGAGUCUCCUGGGUCCUUAAGAGAAAGGGCAGUGGAGGGGGUACUCAGGUGGGGGCAACGCCCUCAUCCUGAGCUGGGGGAAGAUCGCUCUUUGAGCUGAGUCACCCAGGAGAGAGGCUGGACCUGGAGUAGGGUGUUAGCCAUCCAGCUAUGGAAGAGGUUGAGUCCAGUGAGAGGAGCCCACUCCUGGGGGGCACCGCUCGGUUCCCCGCAGCCAAUGCCUUCCAUGGACGGCGCUUGGCGUGUGCUGCGGUGCUUCUGGCCGAGCUGCUGGAGCGGGUGGCGUUCUACGGCAUCACCUCCAACCUGGUGCUCUUCCUCAACGGGACUCCCUACAACUGGGAGGGGGCCCAGGCCAGCCAAGCCCUUCUCCUCUUCAUGGGUAUCACGUACCUGGUCUCCCCUUUCGGGGGCUGGCUGGCUGACGCCCUGCUGGGCAAGUUUGCCACGAUUUUGGUCAGCAUGGCGGUCUACCUCCUGGGCAUGCUAGCCUUCCCCGCCAUGGCCAUCUCUCCUACCCGGCAGUGGCUCUGCGGGGAGCUCCGUCCGUGGCCCGUUGAGAACUGCUCAUCGCCUCUGGAGAGCAACGCCACGUCUGCCCCGUGCCCGUCACAAGGACCCGCACGCUACUGCCUUGUUGCAUCCUAUGUCGGCUUGGUGCUGGUUGGGCUGAGCGUGGGCUCCGUCAAGGCCAACAUCACCCCCUUCGGAGCUGAUCAGGUGAAGGACCGAGGUCCAGAAGCCACCCGGCGUUUCUUCAACUGGUUUUACUGGAGCAUUAAUUUGGGAGCCAUCCUCUCCCUCGGAGGCAUUGCGUACAUCCAGCAGAACGUGGAUUUUGCCAUCGGUUAUAUCAUCCCGACCGUCUGCAUUGGUGUCUCCUUCAUCGUCUUCCUGUGUAGCCAGAGCGUUUUCAUCACCAAGCCGCCUGACGGCAGCGCCUUCACCGACAUGUUCGGGAUCCUAGCUUAUUCUUGCUGUAACCGAAAACAGCCGGGCCAUAGGGGCUCUCAGGGGAUACUUCGCCCGCAUCAGCCUUCCAAAGACAGCCUUUUUGAGGCAGCCAAGGCCUCCCAUGGGGGUCCUUUCCGAGAAGACAAGGUGGAGGAUGUGAAAGCCUUAGUCAAGAUCAUUCCUGUCUUCUUGGCUCUCAUUCCAUACUGGACCGUCUAUUUUCAGAUGCAGACCACGUACGUCCUCCAAAGCCUCCAUCUGAGAAUUCCACAGUUUUCCAACAGCGUGUCGAACGGCACCACGAACGCCCACACGUUCCCCGCAGCUUGGCUGACCAUGUUUGAUGCUGUGCUGAUCCUCAUCCUCAUCCCACUGAAAGACAAAGUGAUAGAUCCCGUCCUGAAGAGGAAGGGCCUCCUUCCCUCAUCGCUGAAGAGAAUCGCAUUUGGGAUGUUCUUUGUCAUGUGCUCGGCGUUUUCUGCAGGAAUAUUGGAAAGCGAUCGGCUGAGGAGGGUGAAGACCAAAACAAUUGAUCAGAAGAUUGGGACAGCAGUGUAUCAUGCAGCCGACAUGUCCGUCUGGUGGCAGGUCCCUCAAUACAUUCUGAUCGGAAUCAGUGAAAUCUUAGCAAGCAUUGCAGGGUUGGAAUUCGCCUACUCCGCUGCUCCCAAAUCGAUGCAGAGUGCAAUUAUGGGUCUAUUUUUCUUUUUCUCUGGAAUUGGGUCUUUUGUAGGCUCCGGACUCCUGGAAUUGGUGUCUCUCAAACCGAUUGGCUGGAUGAGUAACCACACGGAUUUAGGUAACAUCAACGGCUGCCAUUUGAACUAUUACUUUUUCCUGCUGGCCGUGAUCCAGGGCACCACCCUUUUGCUGUUCCUAAUUGUGUCUGUCAAAUACGACCGCCCAAAGUCCAGGACGAAUGCAGCCUCGCUCAGCGGACGGACUUGACCUGAGCCGUGACGGAGGACUCCACCCUUCGGGACCGGGAGAUGCUGCCAAUCAAGCUGCAAGCGUCGUUUCGGAGGGGCGUUUUCCUUUGACUUGCAUGAUGACACUGACUUCUAGUUUGGCCCUCUCCCCUCUCCUAUUCCCCUGCUAACACAGAGAGUGCCUUAUGCUAGCGAACUGAUGUGACUCGCUUCGUCCUAAGCCGCGGCACAGAUUUUUCUUUUCUCCACUGGAUGUGCGUUUCUAGGCUGGACAUUCGUAGGCAAGGGCGAAACUACAAAUUGUAUUUGUUACUUGCUCUGUAGCCACCUUUCCCCUCCUUUACACACAUACACACACCAUCCUGAUGGGUAGAACUCCCAGACUCUGCCAACACUCUGACGUUAUGGCUGGGGAUCAUAGGUCUUUUAGUCCAAGACAUGGAGAGGUCUAGUUGGACGAGAAUGUAAUAAAGGAUAUUUUUUAAGCUACUAUAGGCUUUGGGGUGGGGGGAAGUUUGGUUUGGUUUGGUUUGGUUAUAUGUUAGCAAUCAUUUUGGAGUGUGAAACUGAUUUGGCAUCAGAAUUUUGCCUGCCUCCAUCUUCCUUCCUUCCUCCCUCCCUCCCUCCUUCCUUCCUUCCUUCCUUCCUUCCUUCCUUCCUUCCU